AUGAAUGCCGCAUGGAUGUUACAACGGGCGAUGGCUCGUCGGCCUUCGCUGUACCCAUCGAGAACUAUUAUUCUCAAGUGCACGCCGCAAGGGCGACGCUUCUCAGCAAUCCCUACAAGCGAUGACACUCUUCCUCUCAAAGGCAUCCGAGUGCUUGACAUGACGAGAGUAUUGGCUGGACCAUACUGUACACAAAUUCUCGGAGAUCUGGGAGCAGAUAUUAUCAAAGUGGAGCAUCCCGUGCGCGGUGACGAUACUCGUGCUUGGGGACCACCAUACGCGAAGUAUACCGAUGGGUCUCAUGAAGGCCCUGGGGAAAGCGCCUAUUUUCUGGCUGUGAACCGCAACAAAAGAUCCAUCGGCCUUUCCUUUGCUCAUAAGUCCGGAAUCGAGAUUUUACACAAGCUUGCCAGGGAGUGCGACGUCCUAGUCGAGAACUACCUUCCAGGAACCCUGAAGAAGUACAGUCUCGAUUACGAAACGCUACGAUCUAUCAAUCCCAGAUUGAUCUAUGCAAGUAUCACAGGGUACGGCCAAACAGGGCCAUACAGUAACCGAGCUGGGUACGAUGUCAUGGUCGAAGCAGAGAUGGGACUCAUGCACAUCACUGGAAGCAGAGACGGCGAUCCAGUCAAGGUCGGUGUAGCUGUUACGGAUUUGACAACAGGGUUGUAUACAUCCAAUGCGAUCAUGGCUGCCUUGCUCGCCCGCAUGAGGACCGGACAAGGACAACACAUCGAUGCUUGUUUGAGCGAUUGUCAAGUUGCGACUUUGGCGAAUAUCGCGAGCUCGGCUCUGAUCAGUGGAGAGAAGGACUCGGGUAGAUGGGGAACUGCACACCCAUCAAUUGUACCCUACCGAAGCUAUCAGACCCUUGAUGGUGAUAUUCUUUUUGGUGGCGGAAACGACAGGCUAUUCGGGGUCUUAUGCGAUCGACUAGGGUUCCCCGAAUGGAAGACGGAUCCUCGCUUUAUCACCAACCGCGACCGAGUAAAGCAUCGGGAAGAGCUUGAUGGCUUGAUUGAGAGAACAGUUAAGCAGAAAACCACGCAGGAAUGGCUCGAGAUCCUGGAAGGCAGCGGGAUGCCAUAUGCCGCGAUCAAUGACAUCCAAGGAACACUCAAUCAUUCUCAUGUGCAAGCGCGAGGAAUGGUUACAGAAGUUGAUCAUCCAGCUUGUGGUCCCAUCAAAUUAGUUAACACUCCGAUUAAGUAUUCGCACGCAAUUCCUGGAGUCCGAAGACCGCCUCCGACUCUUGGCCAACACACCGACGAAAUCCUCGAAGACAUCCUCAAUUAUGAUAAAGCCAAGAUUGAGCUCCUCAAAAACGAGGGCAUUGUGUCAUGA